UCAGUUCCUUCGUCGGAGCAUUCGCGUGCUUGCCGAAUACAGGGAGGAUUCAUACCAAGGGCCCUGGUGUAGCUCGGCUCGCAGGGUUGGAUUCCGUUUUAAACACUUCAUCCAUUCCCUUUCUGCCCACCGUUGCCCUCCACUCUCCUGCACGCAGCCUGAACCAUCCACAUACUUGCAAUGGCUUGUGACAAUCCACCAAUUGAUAACAAGGCCUUGGCGGAGACUAUCGACGAGACGCAGCAAAUUCCGGAGAAAGACCUUAUCUCGCUACUCGACGAUGUCGCCGACCGAUUCCCGCAUCACGAUGCGAUCCUUUCCCUGCACCAGGCGGACCAUCUCGAGUUAGGGGGGACUGGAUCUCCCGCGAGACAAACCCGAUGGACAUAUUCGCAGCUGCGGAAGGGGAGUAUCCGGCUGGCGGCACACUUGGCUGCCGAAGGGAUGCGCCACGGAAGUCGCAUCGUCGCGGUGUUCUUCAACGAAGCCGAAUGGGCGCUUCUCUUUUGGGCGACGGUGCGGUUGGGAUGUCAGUUUGUGCCGCUCGACCCUCGCGUCCUGGAUCACAAAAAGGAUGCGCUACACAUUCUGGACAAGGUGCAGCCGGCGGCUGUCUUUGUAUCCAAUUCUACGAUGGCGGAGCGGGUAGAUGGGAUCGUGAAGGACAUGGAACAUCGACCCUCUUUCAAGUGCGUUGCUUCGGCGAUCGAUGACGUGAAUACUGGUCAGGGAUGGACGACAAUGUCGAAGGCCCUCAGCGACACGACGGACGGUGUGAUCCCGGCUGAUACAGUUGGGCUGAACGAUAUUGUUCUUAUCCUCUUCACGAGCGGAACCACAUCACGACCCAAGGGGUGUCCGCACAGUGCGAUCACAAUUGGAUCGCCCGCCUUGAUGGUGAUCGACCACUUUGGGUUGGAUCCAGGCCACAGCCUGUGCCAGCACCUACCGUCCUUCCAUAUCUUUAAUAUCUUCCUCAGUCUUGGCUUUUGGCUGAGUGGUGCGACGGUCGUUCUGCCGAGCGCGUCAUUCGACCCGGCCAGCUGCUUCCGGGCCUUCGCGACCAGCCCCAAAAUGCACGUUCCGUGCGUCCCGUCGAUGGUACAGGCGCUGACAACCUACGCGUCCUCGGCCAAUAAAACGGCCACUUCCUCUCCUUUCUCCAUCCUUCUAGGCGGCGCCCCUCUUACGCCGGACAUCCUGGAACUCGCCCGCACCCUAGGAACAAAGAAGAUCGUAGUCGGAUAUGGGACAACAGAAGGCGUUGGGACAGCGAUGAAUGUGAUGGACGCCAACAGUCUCGUUGUUGUCGACAAUGAGGUCUGCCUUGGGACAGUGAAAUCUGGCGCUCGGCUGCGGUUCUGCCAGCCGGGCAGCCGCUUGCCGGUCUCGAGAGGACAGAUCGGUGAGGUGCACCAGGGAGGCCUCCCGGUGUUCUCGGGGUACCUGGAUGGAAGCCCCGAGGAACUAGCCAUGUGCUAUCAGGAAGAGGGGGUCAACUGGUGGGCCUCCGGGGACCGGGGGUAUCUGGACGAGGAGGGUCGCCUUUUUCUCCUUGGAAGGUAUAAGGACCUGAUCAUCCGGGGGGGCGAGAAUAUCUCUCCUGUGAAAAUCGAGAAUUGUCUUGGGAGGAUGACUGGAGUUCACAGUGCCUAUGUGGUUGGCGUUGCUGACACUGUUGCCGGCGAGGUACCGGUGGCGGUCAUUACAAGAGACAGCCAGACACAGGUCGCUACCAGCGACCUUCAGGCUGCUGUACUCGCAGAGCUUGGUCGAUCAUUUUCGCCCACAAUGAUUUUGGAUUUGCACAAGGAUCUAGGGAAGGAGGAAUUUCCGACGACGACCUCCGGUAAGAUACAGAAGCCUAGUCUCCGCCAAUGGGUAACGGACUACUUGGAGCAGCGCCGCAAGAUCGAACAGUCGUCCAACGACGUUCUCACCGAGCUCCUUGAAUGCUGGUCUGCUGUGACAGGUCUCGCGCGGGAGGCGAUCAACCCUGAUGCUAGCAUUAAGACUUUUGCGGACAGUAUGAUGAUCAUCCAGUUCUUUAACAUGGCCAGCCGGAAACUCCCCCGAUAUGCCAAUAGCACGCUCACGAUCUCCGACACCGUUCGCCAGCAGGCCGAAAUGUUACAGCAGAAGAAGCCAGAGCCGACCGAGGUCAUUGUCGGGAGUAAAUGUCCCGACCAUGAGGCCGAGCCUCUCGACCAACUCCGGGCCGAAGAGGUAACGGCCUCUAGAUUGGCACCGCUCGGUUUUGGAUGGAAAGACGUCGAGGAACUCAUCCCCAUGACAGACUACUUCAGUUAUUUUGCCCGGAUCCCAGUCAGACCAUACCAUUGGAACCCACGCAUCGCCCUGGUGGUGGACUCGUCCAUCAGCGAGGCGGAGCUGAGACAAGCUCUCUACCAGUGGCUAGAGCGACACCCUCUCUUUCGUGCAACGACUGUCACUUACGACGACGACCUGGACCUGUACGUAGUGAUGAGCCCGAGCUCCGGCUGGUUGGAAAUGCAAGUAACCGACGGCCCCGCCGUCGACAACGUCGCUGCGCUCAAGUCUUAUCGCCUGAACGACGCUUCCUGGGACUGGCUCUCUCGGACUGGACCUCUUUUGAAAGCCACUCUCGUCCCCCUUCGCGAUCCUCCGGGUGUAACUGGAAUCGUCCUUCACAUCCACCACAUCAUGUUCGACUACCACAACAUUCACCGUGCCCUCCAAGACCUAAGGGACCUCGUCAGUAAUCUCAGCAACAACAGCAACGCCCCCCUGCGACCCUUCCAUCACUACCGCUCUUUCGCCCGCAGCUACAGAGCCUACCGCAGCAGCUCAGCCGCAUCGGAAGACGUCAACUUCCACGUGGGCCGCCUACGCGAGAUCUCCAAAGACCCAGCAGCCAUCUGGCCGCCCCUGCGCCAGGACAGCGACCUCCCCCCGCUAGACCCAUCCAAGCGGCGCGCGUUUGACACCAUCAGCCGAUCGGCCCGCCUCCCCGAGAUAGGGCACGUCCAAGCCCGGGCGGGCGUCUCAGCAGCCAUGAUAGGAAAGUGCGCCUGCACCCUCGUCAACCUCCAAUACACAAAGGCAUCAGAAGCGAUAUUCACCACCACCCAUUCAGGACGCCUGUGGCCCUCGCUACCGUCCUCACACGACAACCACAAGGCCACCGCCCCAGCCCACCCACUCGAAAUCGACGGCCCAACCCUCGUCUGGCGCGUCGAGCGCGUCCCCGCGCCCUCACCCCACGAAACAACCAUCCAAUUCCUCCGCCGCGUCUCCAAAUCCCAAGACGAAAUGGUAGCCCACAACCACGCGCCCCUAGGCAAAGUCCUGCACGGCCUGCUCUCCCAACCCUCGCAAUCAGAAGGGGAAGAGGAAAAAGCAACCAGCACCGCAGACACGACCCUCAUUAACCGCAUCCUCUUCCACCAGCUCUUCAACUGGGUCCUCGAGAAGAUCAACAACGGCAGUGUGAGCAGCACAGCGGAUUCACCCCUCCGAGUCGUGGACAUGCUCUCUCAGGCGGAUCUGAGCCUCGUCUGGGCGCCUUGUCUCCGCCCGGACAAUGUCUGUGGGCUGGAUAUUCGCUACCGUCAUGGGCAGUUUGAGGCGGGCGAGGUUGAGAGCUUCGCAAGGGAAUUCUUGGAUACUAUGGCUUGGUUGGCGGAGCCCGGGAAUUUGGAUAGGCCUGUUGUGGAGUGUGGAAUUUCUUGUGGGGAUGUUGCUGCUGCUGCAGAUGGUGUUGGGAAUGGUACUACUACCGCAGCAGAUGAUGUUGAAAAUGGUGCUGCAGACGGUUUUGAGAAUGGUAAUACUACCGCAGCAAAUGGUAUUGGGAAUGGUGCAGUGGGAGACGGUGCUGGAGAUAGUGAUGAGAAGGAUGACGAUGCUGAUAAUGAUGGUCGACGGAAGAGGAGAAAGCUGUGUACUUGAUUUGGUUUGAUUUGAUCUGGUUGUUCGUUGACUGGUUGGGCUUGUGUACUUGUGUUUGAAAUGUAUACUAAGAGGGGUGUCUAUCC